AUUAAAUAUAGGGAAACUCGAGAAGAGAAUUUUAGGUUAAAAGAAUAGAUAAAAAACUAAAAAGAUAUAUUGAAUUAAACUAAUGAGAAAUUAAUUCUAACGGAAAAAAAACUAGUUGAAAUGGUAGAUUAAUUUUAAAGAAAAAAAUAAGAUUAUAUUAAUAUUAAAUCUUAAUUAGAAAUUUUAUAAAAAGGAACUGUUUAAGGCGAUAAAAUGUCAGAUUUUACAUAAAAUGAUUUUAUUAAUGCUUUAGGAUUAGUUAAAUGGGACGGUUAAGAUCCUUUAUGGUUACACUUAGAAAAUAUAGAAAAAUAAAAAAUUUAAGAGUUGUUCGCUUAGAAUGGUGAUAAUUUAAGUGAAUAUAAAAAAAAAGUAGAACAUUUAAUAUUAGAAAAAGGAGAACUUGGUUUACAUUUAGAAAGAUAGGCUACUAUGUUACGUACUAAAAUUUAAAUAGAUAAAGAAAAAGAUAAACUACAUAAGAUGGAAAUCGAAUAAAUUUACGAAUAGUUAAAAGUUAUGACUAAUAAAGCAGAUGAACUUGCUAAACUAGCAGAUAUAAAAGGAUAUGUCUAAUAUUAAAAUAACUAGGCAGUUUAAAUAUACGAAAAAGAUAAUGUAAAAUAUACUAAGGAUGUUUCAGAGUUUUCCUGUGAAGAUUUAGUCGAGGAAGAAUUGGGAAUCGGAGAGAAUAUUUUUGAUUUAUAUAUUGGGAAAAUAAAUAUGGACGAAAAUGAGAUUUUAAGACAAAAUGAAAAUAUAAACGACCUCUAGUGCUUUUUAUCUUUUUUCACUAUAGAUUUUUAUAAUCACGAUACUUAACAUUCCUCAGUAGUGGAAGGAUUGAGAAAUAACUAUGAAUUCCAAGCUAGUUUUAAGGUAAAAGUAGAUGAAUUUUACAUCACAUAUUUAAAAGAGAGAUUUAUUAAACUUGAAUUGUAUAAUGUAUAGCAAUAAAACGCUAUAUUAAUUGGAAGUGCAAAUAUUUCCUUGUUUUAAAUAAUAAGCGAAAAUACAAAACCAAAUAUUUCGGCUGUUAUAGAGCAAAGUGUGAAAAUUAGAGGACUAAAAUAGGGAGUUUUGUAGAAUAAAUUUGUAGGGUGUGUAGAUGUGAAGUUUAGGAUGAGGUUCCCGAUCUCUAAAAGUGUGUAGUGGGCUUAAGAGAAACUUAAGUUGAAUAUUGAGUAAAUUUAGAAGAGCGAAGAUGUUGAUAUGUACUAGGAUUUCUUGAAAAAAAAACUGGUUAUAAAGGUUGAUAAAGGAGUCGAAAUGCCAGCUAACUAGUCACUUUUUGUUUAUUUUUAGUUGAAUGGGAAGGAUUAUGUCAGUCCGACAUAAAUUGGACCUAGUCCUGAUUGGCAAUGGGAAGUUUAGAUCGAUGUGAUUGUCGAUGAGAACUUUAGGUAGCUUUUAAAGAAUGAUUUUUUGCAUUUUACGGUGUUUAAUGAUAGUGUGCCUAUAGAAGAUAAAGAAGAAGAAGAUGAAGAUAAUAAAGAUGUGGUUGGGUAAGGAAAAAUGUCUUUAAAGGCACUACUUGAAGGAGAAGUAGUUAAUCCUAAUGUUAAAAUUACAAAUUUUAUAAAAAAUUAAGAAGUUAUUAAUAAAGGAACGUUACAUGUAUUAGUUUAUUGGUAUGAAGGAUGGGGUUAAUAAUAUAAACCGAAAUAUGAGCAUAUGUUAUUAUCUAAAAAUUGGGAAACGGAUAUAACAAUGAGAAUAGCUAGAGCUUUUAAAUAAAAAGGGAUAGCACUUUAAACUGCUUUCUACGUAAUGAAUAGAGAUUAGGAUUAAAUUAUUUCAAUGGAAGAUUUUAUUUAAACUGUUAAUGAUAAUGAUAGAAGUGGAUUUAUAAGUAAUUUUGAAUUAAUGAAUUUUAUUUAAGAAAAAUUAAGAAUAAAAUUAAAAUUUGAGGAAAUAUAUGCAUUAAUAACAUACUUUGAUAAAAACAAUGACGAUAAAAUUGAUUUAUAUGAGCUUGUUGAAGGCUUAAAAUAAGAGGCUAAUAAAAAUGGUGAAUUUAUAAAUUAAUUUUAAAAGGAAUAAGUUAUUUUAAGUACUAUUGAGGAAAUUUGUGAUAAAUUGAAUAUUUAUAUGAAUAAAAAUAAUGUUACUAGAAGUUAAUUAUUUGAUAAAUUUGAUUAGAAUAAUGAUAAAUUUAUUUCUAAAGUUGAAUUAAAGAAAACAUUUACUAAUUUAUAAAUUGAACUUUCUAGAUAAUAAUUGAAUGAAUUUUAUUCAUUCUUAGAUAAAAAUAAUGAUGAAAAAGUAUCUAUUUAAGAAUUUAUUUAAGCUGUAAAAACAGAAUUAAAUAGAAUAGAAAAUAAACGUAAAAGAGUUAGUACUAAACAAUGUUCAUAUAAUGAUAUAGAAGGAUCUUAAAAUGAAUAAAUUACUAAAUAAAUAUUUUCUAAAUUUGCAAGGAUUUUAAGAUAGAAUAGAAUUGAUUAUGAACAUGCAUUUUAAAGAUUUGAUAAAAAUAAAGAUAAAACCAUUUCCAGAAAUGAAUUUAAAAAAGCUUUUAAAGAUAUGCAAUUACCAUUUAAAGAAUAUGAAAUAGAUGCAGUAUUCUCAACUAUAGAUAUUAAUAAUGAUGGUACUAUAACUUUAGAUGAAUUUGUAGGUAUGCUUAAUGUUUCUUAAUUCAAUUGA